AUGAUACCCAAACAUGCUUUGAGUGCCAUUGAUAAGUUAUUACAAAAUAUUUGUAAUAAUAAGUUUCCUUUUGGUGGUAAAGUUAUUCUUAUGGGUGGAGAUUUUCGACAAAUACUUCCAGUUGUGAAGAGAGGUCGACCAGCAGAUGUUGUAGAAUCAUGUAUAAAGUGUUCUGAACAUUGGCAAUAUGUGCAAAGGUUUUCAUUAACUGAAAAUAUGAGGGUUCAGAUAGGAGAAGAGGAAUUUUCUCAAUGGCUUUUAAAGCUUGGAAGUGGAACAUUACCUGUCAAGCCUGAAGAUCCUUUGCAAGGGUGUAUUGAAAUACCUGAGCAGCGUUUUUUCAAUGAUAAUGAAUCUAUUGUGGAAAAGAUUUUUGGUGGUGCAGAAGAAGCUGAUUAUGCAAAACGUGCUAUUUUAACACCAACAAAUGUUGAUUCACUGGCAAUAAAUGAAGAAGUCUUUCAUCGAUUACCGGGUGAUGUUAAAAUUUAUUUAAGUUCAGAUAGCAUUGAAACUGAUGAUCAUAAUGAAAUUUAUAAUUUUCCAGUUGAGUUUUUAAAUACUUUGACUCCAUCAGGUAUGCCUGUUCAUUGCCUAAAGUUGAAAAUUGGUGCUUUUAUAAUGCUACUUAGAAAUUUAGAUCUCAAAGGUGGACUUUGUAAUGGAACACGUUUGAUGGUGCGUGCACUACACAACAAUUACAUUGAUGGUGAGGUUCUAACAGGUGUAUCAGCUAAUAACAGGGUAUUUGUUCCUCGAGUUCAAUUAGCUCCAUCAGAUUCAAAUUUACCUUUUACACUUAAAUGUCGUCAAUUUCCAGUUAGGUUAGCAUACUCAAUGACCAUAAAUAAAAGUCAAGGUCAAACAUUUGAUAAAGUUGUUGAUAAACAUGCAUUACAAGGUAUAUCAUUUAACAAAUAUUACACAAAUAAUGUUGUGCUUACAAAUGUUCUUAAUUUAUAA